UAAAACACCAGCACGUCUCUUUCUCUUCCGUCCUCAUCUGACCGCCGCCAGGCGCACUUGGUCCUCCGCCCCUCUCACUCUCUCAGGCGACCGCCGCCAGGCACACGUGCAGCCGGGUGCAUGUGCGUUGUGACCUGGAUCUGAAGCCGCCAGCUGCUGCUAGGAGACAAGGAGAAGAUUAGAUAAUAGAGAUGGCUAGUGGAAGCUCACGGUCCCCUACUGUGCAAUCUGCUAAUACUGAUAGUCGUGCUGCUCCUAAUCCUACUGCUGCUGAUGAAAGGCUGCGUAGAACUCCUCUAGGGAAGUAUGUUAAAGUGAUUCAGAAAAAUAGCACCACAGGAGGAAAUGCAAGAUCUGAAUGUCUAUUUUGUGGUCACGUUAUUCCUGGAAGUUAUUUCAGAGUGAGGGCACAUUUGUUGAAGGAAUCAAACAAAGGCACAUCAAUCUGUAGUGCUGUGAAUGAUGAGUUGCUUGAGGAACUUCGGAAGGAAGAUGCUGCAGCUAAAGCAGCUGAAGCAAGCUCACAGAAUAGGAGUGUUCCCAUGCCAAUUCAGAUACCUUUUGCAGACUCAUCAUCUGCAUUACGCCAUUACCCCCUCAGGGAGCUAGGUCAGCAAAAAGAAAAAAACAGUCAACUAUUGCUGAUGGUUUCCAUCUUGAACUUCGGCGAAUGGCCGAUGCCAUUAUUGCAAGAUUGUUCUACACUGGAGGUGUUCCUUUCAACUUGGCAAGAAACCCGUAAUCGACAAAUCGUUUAGCUAUUCCUAGUUGAACUUGAACAUUUGCUACGCUAUGUUGGCCGUUUGGAAACAUAAUAUUUAUUAUCUAUUUCGUUCUCUAGAAUUAUUUGGCAAUUUACGUUUUUAGAAAAAUAAAUACUUGCUGUAUCGGCGUAUCCUUGUUUUUUGAAAAUCGCCGUAUCGCCGUAUUGCCGUACCCGUAUCGGCGUAUCGCGUAUCGGUGAUACUUGGAACAGGGAGGUAAAGCCACCUCUGGCUAUCAUCAUGUUCCUCGGUAGCCGCUCGUUUCACUGGCAGAUGAUUCUCAAAUCUACCUCACAUGCCGAUUGCUGAGCCACAUCUAAGUUAUGCUCCGAUGCGCUAUUUUAGGGCAAUUAUUCCAUCAAUUGCCAGCUUGAUUGUGUGGCCAUUUUUUUUCAAUUAGUACUCUCUGAGUUCCGCACAACAAAAAAGCUUAUCUGCUCUUUUUUUCUGAAUGUAGGUCGAAGAAGCGAGGAAAAAAUUAGACAAGUGGGACGACACAAGGCAGCCUCUUCUUGCAAGCAAGGAGUGAUUGGUGAUGUCAGGAGUGGAUGGAGAGUCAACAUGCUGCUGCAAGUUGAUCCAAUUCUGCAAUGAUAGACCACUCAAAUGAAAAUUCAGUAAUGCAUUAAUGUGCAGUUCAGUCAGUUUCAUAUGAGGUCAUACUGUUUCAGAACUGGCACACUAUUCCUUCUCACCUUUAUGGGUCGUGAUACCCUUUUGAGGCA